UCCACUUGCACUCUUCAAUACCAAGAGCAAAAAAAAAACCAGGCUUUUUUCAUGGGCAGAGUAUUUGUGGUGGAGCUAGAAGGCAGGUCUUACAGAUGCAAAUUCUGUAAUACCCAUUUAGCCCUUCCUCUUGAUCUUGUCUCCAGGUCUUUUCAUUGCCGCAGGGGAAAGGCAUACCUCUUCAAUAAUGCAGUGAACAUCACAAUUGGAACCUUAGAGGAGAGGAUGAUGCUUUCAGGAUUGCAUACUGUGGCUGAUAUAUUUUGCUGCUCUUGUGGACAAAUUGUUGGUUGGAAAUAUGAGGCAGCACACGAGAAAGGGCAAAAGUAUAAAGAAGGGAAGUAUGUUCUCGAGAGGGGGAGGAUUGUCGACGAGAUGGACUUAUCAGCGGGAGUCUUUAUCGAUACCCGAAGUGCAAUGAGCGACGGUGAAGAUGCUUAAGUUUUAACUUCUUAUAUGUUAAGCAGAUGUGCAAAAUUUGUAUGUAGUACGGAAGUAGAAAACAAGGUACUUUGUACAUAUAUGCAAACUAUAUUUGUUGAAGAGAAUUUCAUUCAGUUUUUUGUAAAAAUAAUAAUUUUACUAUAGUGUAGUAUGAUGAA